AUGUGGGAUACCCUGGCACAGCAAGCGGCCGCCCGUGGCGCUUUGCGACUCUCGGAUCUAGGGGGCGUCGAGUUUUUAGCCAAGCUCUUGUGCGGCAAAGCCGAGCCCUUGAACGCCACGAAGCCCAUCGUGGCGGUGGUGCGGGGCCGCCAGGAGUUCGGGCCCCGGGCCUUGGGCCACCGCUCGCUGCUGGCGGUGCCCGACUCCGAAGACAUGAAGGUCAGGAUGAACAAGCUGAAGUUCCGGAAGUGGUACCGCCCCAUUGCGCCGAUGAUUGCGGAUGAAGCGCUCGUGCGCGUCUUCGGUCGCCAUGUGCGGUCGCCCCACAUGGAGCGUGCUCCACGAGUGCAGGAGUGGGUCAAGCAGCAGUUCCCCGCGAUGGUGCACUUCGACGGUACCGCGCGGCAUCAGUCCGUGGGGCAGCGGGAAGAGCCUUGGAUCCACAGCCUGCUGCUGGCGGUCAGCAAGCUGACGGGCCUGGCUGCGCUGAUCAACACCAGCUUCAACACCCGAGGCAAGCCGAUCGUGAACUCCGUGAAGGAGAGCUUGCAGAUGCUUGACACCCUCCCGGACUUGGAUUAUGUGCUCAUUGAAGACUACCUCUUCACAUCGCCAGCGAAGGCUCCGCUCAGACCUGCGCCCCGUUGA